CAUGGCAGCCGAGGACCGAUCGAUGGCCCAUCGCUGAGGAAGGGGAGUGAGUAAUGGAGUCUCUGUUUGGAGGGGAGCUGGGCCUGCUGGGAGGCAGUGAGGGUCUGAAGGAGGAUGGCUGUGGAGUGGGCUGGGCCGGAUCGCCCUCACCAGAGGACAUGUACUCAGCCUCCCACUUCGCCCUCAUCAGAGCCUACCAGGACAUCAAGACCCGGCUGGCCGGCCUGGAGAGAGAGAACACUGACAUCAAGAGGAAACUCAAGAUCUACGAGAUAAAGUUUCCAAUGAUCAGUGACUUCGGUGAGGACAGGAAUUCAUACUGCUCCUUCGAGCCCAAAGACACGGCCCUGCUCCAGUCAGAGAAUGGAAAUCUACAGCAAAGAAUCAACAUCCUUACUCAUGAGCUUCAGAAGAGUAAGGAGCGAGAGGAACAGCUGGAAGAUGUCAUUCAAGCUUAUGAGAAGAUCCACAUGGAGAAGACCAAUCUCCAAAGAGACCUGGACAAGAUGACGUCUCUGGUAGAGAAGCACGUGGAGCGGAUCCACAGUCUGGAGGCUGCACUGAGGCAGCGCGACAGCUCGCUACACAAACUCAACACACAGCUGCACAACAAGGACAUGCAGUACCUGCAACUACAUGCCAGUCCAGAUACACACAGGCUGGACUGUCCAGCUUUGACCCUUCAGAGCUCCCGUAGUCUGGAUACUCUCUCCGAUCUCAAACUGCAGCAGCUGGAGGCGGAGCUAGAAGGGGCGCGGCAUGAGGCUCAGGGGGCAUGUCAGAGGGAGGAGGAGCUAAAAGCAGAGUGUGAGAGACUGCAGGAAGAGUUAAGAGAGCUUCAGAAUAACCAGAGACAACAGGAGGUGAGCUCUAGCUGUGCCCAGUGUGACGUGGAGUGGAUAAAGAAGGUGGGAGACGAACAGGUGAAUCUGGCCCUGGCCUACACAGAGCUGACUGAGGAACUUGGCAAGCUGCAGGCACUCAGUGCCAAACAGACAGAAAUCCUGAGGAAAGCCUCGCAAGAGCAGGCCAGUCCAGUUCAGCGCCAUUCUCCGGUACCUCACCAGAGGCAUUCGCCUGUUCCUCAGCGCCAUUCCCCCAUUCAGCAGCGCCAUUCUCCUAUCCAGCAGCGGCACUCCCCUGUGCCCCAGAGGCGCUCACCGGUGCUGCAGCGCCUCUCCCCUGAUAUGCACCGCCGUUCGCCCCUGCCUGAAAUCAGUGAUGGCCCUGCUUCCUACUCCUGCAGGCCAACUAGUCACCACCUGAGGGCUAGCUUUCAAGGGCGCCGCAGCUACUCAGAGGUGGCUGACCCAUCUGCUUACCAGCGGCCCCCUCGCUUCACAUUGGACCCCGUCUCCACCCUGCCAAAACCCCGGCCCUACGUGGAGAGCUACCACAAGCAGCAGGCUCAGCAGCAAUCACAGCAGCAGCAGCAACAACACGGUGGCAGCCCACAUAUUCUAGCCCAGAGACGAGGCUCACAGCCUGGGCUUCAGGCCGUGGGAGGAGAAGGCGGUCUAGCUGAAUCCCCAAGACACUCCAGGGAGCUCUCUUUCCAGCACCCAGAAUUGUCCCAUCUGCAUUAUGAGCCCCAGCCAAGCCCAACGCCGCUCCACACGUCCCCCCAGCCGCCCCACUCCUCAGAGGACGAGGAGGAUUGGACCUGCCCCCACCCCAUCAGUCCCCCGCGGACACUGGGUGCCUCUGGCCCCGCCUCUACCAUGAGAGGCCCUGCCUCCUGCUCCGCCUUCCCCAUUCCAGCUCGGCCCAACACUCUGAGCCACCCGCCUGGAUACCUGCAUGCAGAACAUGCCCAGUCCUGGCCUUCUAUUAAUCUGUGGAUGGAGACAGAGGAGGAGAGUGACGUCAGGAGCUGCCCGCUGUGCCAAGUGAUCUUCCCUGUCGGUUACCCUGACGAUGCCCUAAUCAAGCACAUCGACUCGCACCUGGAGAACAGCAAGAUCUAACACCCCGACCAUAGUCACACCCCAACACUCUCCUUUAGAUCUACACCAAGACUCAUUAACAGCUCUUAUAAGCUUAGCUGGAUGCCUUGAAAGUGAGACGAGAGCAGGCCAGGGAGGUGUAGGCAUGCUGAGACCAGAUCCUGAUAAAAUGAGGAUUAUUGUGAUGUUGUAAAAUCAGAGCAGAUGUGCAGCAUGCAGUGUAUGUGGUGUUUUGUCUUGAAUGACGCUGAGAGACAUUCUGAGAAGGUUUUAAGGCUCCUUCCAAGCAUAAUGUAAUCACAAUUUUUUUCUUUUAUUUUGAGAUAGUACACUCCUUUUCUUUUGCAGUGCCAUGUCUACAUAGGUGACAUACAAACGUAGGUGUUCUGUUGCAGACUGACUGUCCUUGGAGCCAAUAGAACAGUCAUAAUGCAUAUAAACUACUCCCACGAUCCUGCAUUGUUUAUUCCGCCACUGUAAAUCCAAAUGGUCAGGGUCUAAAACACUUUUGUGUAACACUUUUUAUAUUAAGCUGUUCAAAACCAUAGUGGUUGGUGAAGCGUAGUGGGUAAUGCCGCUCUAUACACUGAAAAAAUGGUUCUUGAUUCAAAUGUGUCAAGUGGUUGCACACAAAUAAAAUGUUACAUCAACACAAUUGCUUUCUUAUUCAUUUUGGCAGUAACCGUGUUCAUGAUAUACAUUUUAUUCAUUUGCAACCACAUGACUGUAAACCUGACUGCCAUAUUGCUGAAGUAACAGUACUUUCACUGGGUUAUGAGUUUUGGCUACUCUACACACCUCUGCUAACGACUCAGCUGAAC